CGCCUCGCUCAGGGUCAGCAGUAGCCGGCCUCGUUUCUUUACGCCGGAACAAGGGUGCGCGGAACAAGACCAGACAGCCAGGAGACAUGCUCAGCUGCUGUCGCCGGUGCCUCCUUCCGCCGUCGAAUUCUGCUCCUGCUGCCACUGCUCCUUCCGCCGGCUUUGUCAGUCCUCGGUGCAGUGCCGCCUUCCUCAGCUUCUCGCCGUGGUAGCGCCUGCCAAAAGCCCGCCAGCAUCUGCGUUCUGCUGCCUCGUCACCUCGCGCUUCGUCCGCGUCGCGACACAUCGCAACGCUAAACCCGCUCCCGACCACGCAAACACGCGACGCUGCAUGCACCACGUCUACACCGCAUCGUCGCGAAGGGAGAAAACCCAGCUCUGCUCCGCUUCCCAGCCCCAGCGAUAGCGAAGCAGACCUGCUCUCUUGUCAUCCUGCCCUUUCCGGUAUCCGCCUGCCCUCUCCUUGGACUCCCUUCUUCGUUUCGCACGUUGACAGAUCCACCUGCGCACGGGGUUCCAAGCCACUCCCUAUCCCGCGGGUCUGGCGCUCACCUCGUUCAUCUUGCCUAUUCCUUUUUCUAUCCCUCUUUAAUUCGAUCCACUCGACUCUGCCGCAUCUUUUCCACUCGCUUGGAGCUCUACGUUGACCAAUACACCUCUUUCCACCUCGUCAACACAGCAACAACAACCACGACACAACCGCCGCCACCCUUUGCACCUACGCUCAUUUCCUUCACCCAAGAGAUCGUGCGUGUGAAAGAGUGAAAAAAAAGAAAGCACAAGAGAGAUCGCCCUGGACCGUUCACUACCUCACACCACUCCGAACACGACGCUCGUUGACAUGUCCACCACGGCCCGUUCCUGAACAUCGCGAGGUUCAUAUUCGGGAGGAACCAUUCUAUCCUCUUCAAGGACUGGAGCGCUGUUCGUCCACGAAGAUCUCGAGAACACCCCAUUUCGCCCGGCCAAACCCAAUCCUCCUCUCCCCAAAGGCACCGAGGCGUGACUUGAAGAUGACCGUCCUGUACGACGUUUCUCAGAGGCAGUGGCCCGCCUCGAAUGCGUCCUUGUGUCUCGAGGACAAGUUCGAGAUUAUGAAAGAGAUUGGAGAUGGUAGCUUUGGAAGUGUUGCACUGGCUCGAGUGCGGAGCGCUGGCGCUCAGAUCGCACGACGCGGUACAUUGAUUGCCAUCAAGACGAUGAAGAAGACGUUCGACUCAUUCAACCAAUGUCUUGAGCUAAGGGAAGUUAUCUUCCUGCGGUCGCUCCCUAAUCACCCCCAUCUUGUGCCGGCCCUGGACAUCUUCCUAGACCCCGUCACGAAGAAGCUCCAUAUCGCUAUGGAGUACAUGGACGGCAACCUGUACCAGCUCAUGAAGGCCAGGGAUCACAAGUGUUUCGACGCUGCUACCGUAAAGAGCAUUCUGUUCCAAAUCAUAGCUGGUCUCGAGCACAUCCACGACCACCACUUUUUCCACCGUGACAUCAAGCCUGAAAACAUUCUGGUUUCGACGUCCGCGCCUCACGACUCGGCUAGUACUUUUAGGAGAUACUCCGCACUCGUGACGCCGCCUUCGACUCCGCCGGCAUACACCAUCAAGAUUGCUGACUUUGGCCUCGCCCGGGAAACGCACUCAAAGCUACCUUAUACCACCUACGUCUCAACGCGAUGGUACCGCGCACCUGAAGUACUCUUGCGAUCCGGCGAGUACUCAGCCCCUGUGGAUAUUUGGGCCGUGGGUGCCAUGGCAGUUGAGAUUGCCACAUUGAAGCCCCUCUUCCCCGGCGCAAACGAAGUCGAGCAGGUAUGGCGAAUCUGCGAGAUUAUGGGCAGCCCAGGCGCUUGGGUGAAGAAGCACGGACAGAAGGUCGGAGGUGGUGAGUGGAAAGACGGUGUGAAGCUCGCUCAAAAGCUGGGCUUUACCUUCCCUAAGAUGGCGCCUCAUUCUCUCGAUACCAUUCUCCGACCGCCUCAGUGGCCCCAGAGUCUGAGUGAUUUCGUCACGUGGUGCUUGCUCUGGGAUCCAAAGGCCAGACCAACGUCAAGUCAGGCCCUCAACCACGAAUAUUUCCGCGAUGCUGUAGACCCACUCAGGCCCAAGUCGUCCUCCAAGCUUCUUGGACGCAAACAGUCGAAUCUCAGCACACACGAUUCCCUCGGUCCUACGGACUCCACGCCAAGCUUGACGUCCAAAACGUCCAGCUGGUUCAGGAAGUCACUUAUCCAGCGCGAGUCUAGUGCGCCAGUUGUCCCACAGCAGACGACUCCUCAGGCAGCUGUUUCGGCUCGACCUGCACCUCCAGCACAGUCUGUGUCGGAAUCUGCAACGACGACUCAGAGUCGUACGAAUGCUGGCAAGCGUGCGACAUGGGCCAAUGGGCUGCCCUCAAAUGCUGCCCCCAUUCCCAUUCUUCCUUCGAUACGGCCAGUUUCUCCUUUGUCGAGCGCAGUAAAUGCUCAACCAUCGGUUGGCACCGAGAAGAAGAAGAUUGGAAGACAGCUUUCCGUGACCUCGAAUGGCAACCAUUACGCGGAUAUCCACAGACAAGAAGCCGAACGCGCCCUCAAUGGGCAAACCGGAUUGGCUUCGCCUACGAGUGGGCACAAGGAAAGUUUCUUCUCGCACCUGAGAAAGCGUGCGAGGAGAUUCUCGGGCCGAUACCAAACACCGUCGUCGCCAAGUCCAGAGGAUGUCGAGGCGAACGCAGGCUGUGCGCCAUGGUCUGGUAGCAAUAGGCAGUCGAUGGUCAUCGACAACAUAUCUGCAAUUGCCAACCCUGUCAAUGGUAACGAUCUUGCUGAUAUCGACAAGGCCUUGCAGAACGUGCGAAACAGUCUAGAGGCAACCCAAAACGGAAAGACCGGAUACCUAAAGAGAAACAAUUCUGUUCCACGAAGCCACGAGUAUAAGACCACAUCUGCAAACUUGACCACCACUCCAAUCCGGUCGCGAAAGCUGGCCAACAAGUCUGCGUCAAAUCUGCAUUACGACACGCCUGACGAGGAAGAGGAGCUGCUCGAUGAAGCUCUCGCAAACGCUCGCAAGGCGGCGAAAAAGCUUGAUAACCAAACCCAGCCGGCAUACCAUACGCCAGCGAACGCUGCGCGCACUCAGAUGGCAUAUCUAACCCCUUCCUCAUCGGCACACCAACAUAGCGUUGCAUACGCGGAGGCAGGCUGCACGUCCAAACCGUUGGACAUUGCCAAACCACGACAGGAGACCAAAGAUUACAUAUCGCAGUGGCCCACUCCACCUUAUGAGGAGAGUGAGUGGGCCGCGGCAGCUUCGGCAAGCAUCUUUGCAGCUCAAGCUGCUUACCGAUGAUUUGCUUACUUUUCAUUUUCAUGUCGCCACUCUCGAAUGAAUCUUGUUCUCGGCGGCAUUUGUCACGGCCUUGUCUUCCGGCGUUCUGAGACGCGUCCACGCGAUCUGCAUCUGGUUUGGUGUUCCAGGAGUCACUCGUUCACUGCCAAGCUUUUCCUACUCUUCUUUUUUUAUUUUCUGUACUUGCAUUUCGCAGGCUCAAUGACAGAAAGUCUAUUGGGCUGACCUGGGGGAGUGGCUGAUGGUUUAUCACUUGUGAUACUGCGUUCGGACAUCUGCUUUCUUCGCACAUUACAGCGACACCCCUUCUCUCCGUCACAUAACUUUUCUAGCUUUUUGCCCUUCUUCUGUCAUAUUCUGCUUCAUACCCCAAAGUGUGUGGCACCUGCUCAUGGAAGCGUGCCUCUCACGUUGCUCUCAUAUGCUGAUUGUAGUUUGAUCUUUUGUUCAUUACUCAUCUAGACUGUUUUUUUCCUUGGGGAGGAACUUUAUCGAUCUUGCUUGAUAUCAAAAUCUGCAGGUCCUUGGCCCAUGUUUUACUCGGGGACAAAAAGAGGGGGUGCUGGAGCAACUACUGCUGUUUGAGGAUACAUCUCGAUCGCUUAGCUUUUUCUUUACUAUGUUUUUUAAGGACCUGUUAGACCUUACACACGCCACAAGAAGGGCUAUGCAAACAUAAAAGAGUUGCACAACUACGUUUGCUUGCUGUACACUCGUUGGGAAAGGCAAACAGUCAUAAUCUCAUAUGUCUAUAUGGCGCAUGGACUUCUUCGGUGCCUGGGUUCUUACCUUUGGUGUUCAAAAAUUGGGUCUCGCCACAUACUUGUGAUACAGAGAGACCAUCAAUAAUGUACUAAUGUUUUGCCCCCUCGUCAGACGAGGAUCUGCAGUUGGGAGAUGCGACCUGUAUGCGAACUGCAAUAUUUGCCCUGUAUAUACAUUCGCUUCGGCAGGAUUGCGUCAGCGCUUUCGAUGACAAUAUUUUAGAAUUCCCAAUUCACCACUUUGUGCAUUCACA